AUGUUUAAAAUUAUUCAAAGAGCCUGUUUCAGAUAUUCGGCUGCCAACUUCAAGGCUGAGGCUGAAAUCAAAUCAGUUCCAGGACAUAAGCCUCCCUCUUUUGAAGAUACUGUAUAAGGAAAGUAUGCAGGAGUGUUAUUCGCAACAGCAUCAUAAAAAGAAGCACUUCAUUUUGUGUUGUAGGAUAUGAAAUACUUCAAGGAAUUGGCUGACAAGAGUCCAGUAUUUGCAGGCUUUUUGGUAAAUUCAGCCUACAAGAGAAAUCAAUAAAGAAAUGUGAUUCAAGCUCUUACAAAAGAAGGAUUUCAUGAGGUCACUUAGAAUUUGCUGAACACUAUGAUUGAUAAUCAAAGAAUUUCUUAUCUAACUAAGACAGCUGAUAAAUUCAUUGAAUAUUAUAGAAUCUUUAAUAAGGAAGAAAAUAUCACUAUUAUUUCUGCUGAAAACUUAUCAGAAGAGCAAAGAUCACAAGUAAUUUAGGCCUUGAAGGAAUCAAGUCCCAAUAUGCAAUUCUCAGUUCAAUACAAGGUGGAUCCAUCCAUUUUGGGAGGAUUACAAAUGUAUUCAGGAAAUAAAUUCUUGGAUUGCUCUUUGUAGUCAAGAGUUAAUAAAUUGAGGUCAGAAUUGUAAAAGUUGAGCAUCUGAUGAAGAAUAAGUAUUAAUAAUAAAUAUUAUAUAUAUAUAUAUUAUAAAUAUUAA